GGGCCGUCCGCCGCAGCCGGUCCCUCUGCCGGUCCCUCCGGUCCGCCUGUCCCGCGCCGGGGUCCCGCGCCAUGAGCUCCACGCAGUUCAACAAGGGCCCGUCCUACGGGCUCUCGGCCGAGGUCAAGAACCGGCUCCUGUCCAAAUAUGACCCCCAGAAGGAAGCCGAACUCCGAAGCUGGAUAGAGGGACUCACGGGCCUCUCCAUUGGCCCUGACUUCCAGAAGGGUCUGAAAGAUGGGGUUAUCCUGUGCACACUCAUGAACAAGCUGCAGCCGGGCUCUGUCCCCAAAAUCAACCGCUCUAUGCAGAAUUGGCACCAGCUGGAAAACCUCUCAAACUUCAUCAAGGCUAUGGUCAGCUACGGCAUGAACCCUGUGGACCUGUUUGAAGCCAAUGACCUGUUCGAGAGUGGGAAUAUGACGCAGGUGCAGGUGUCUCUGCUUGCGCUGGCGGGAAAGGCCAAGACGAAGGGGCUGCAGAGUGGUGUGGACAUCGGGGUCAAAUACUCGGAGAAACAGGAGAGGAACUUUGACGAUGCCACCAUGAAGGCCGGCCAGUGUGUCAUCGGGCUGCAGAUGGGCACCAACAAAUGUGCCAGCCAGUCUGGCAUGACAGCCUACGGCACCAGAAGACAUCUCUAUGACCCCAAGAACCUCAUCCUGCCCCCCAUGGACCACUGCACCAUCAGCCUCCAGAUGGGCACCAACAAGUGUGCCAGCCAGGUGGGCAUGACAGCUCCAGGGACCCGGAGGCACAUCUAUGACACCAAGCUGGGCACAGACAAGUGUGACAACUCUUCCAUGUCCCUGCAGAUGGGCUACACGCAGGGCGCCAACCAGAGCGGCCAGGUCUUCGGACUGGGGCGGCAGAUAUACGACCCCAAGUAUUGCCCACAGGGCUCUGCAGCUGACGGGGCUCCCGCCGGGGGUGACAGCCAAGGCGAGACCCCAGAGUACCUGGCCUACUGCCAGGAGGAAGCAGGCUACUGAGCACCCAAGGGUGUCAGCUCCCCGAAUUGCAUCAGCAUCCCUGUGUGGGGUCUGGGGGUUUCAUUGUGUUGUUUUGUGUUUUGAAA